AUGUCGGGAGAUGCAGCAAAAUCGGCCCACAUGGUCAACCGUUUGCAUGCGGCAAUGCUGGCAGCUACCAGCACAAUCAGCCUACUCAACCCGUACGCGAACAGACCAGAAGAACCGGAAGUCCAGCAAACGCCUGAUGAAGAGACCAAUGAGGCGAUAGAAGGCGAGAUCACAGAGUACACAAACGCGAACAACGAACUGCGGCAACUCAACACCCAAAAGGCUGAACUCUACAGGCUGACAGUACAGCAGCUGACGUGGACAAGGGCUGUCAAGAAAGAGAUGAAAGCACAGAGCCUCGAGGUGAGGGAUCUCAAAGCCAAGAUACAGGAACUGCAGUUGCGCCCCACAUUCCAACAGUGGACGAACGCCACUACAAGAAUGGUUUCUUUGGAAGGAGAAGUUGCAUUCGAAAGGUCGAUAUCCGACAACCUUCGAGAGCAAUACCUCGUGAACUUGCAGGAAGAUAUCAAGGCAGUCAAGGAGCCUCUAGAGACUCUAAUAUCGGAGCUGAAUAGGAGGCCCACUCAAGAGGAUCUGGAUGAUGCGGUCACUGCUGCCACGGGUCCGCUACAUCUCAGCAUCAAGGAACUUCAACAACGCCUUACAAAACAAGACCUGGAACAGGCUGUUGUGGAGACGGACCAGACGCUGAAUGCAGAAAUCACCCAGCUUCAACAAUGGCCUACUCAAGCGGUCUUAGAGGCUGCAGUUGCGGCCAACGUGCGGCCUCUUGAAGACAAGAUAUCUGAGCUCCAACAACAGCCAACUCGACAGGAUCUAGAACAAGCUGUUGCGGCCAACGUCCAGCCUCUUGGAGAGAAUAUAUUUGAGUUACGACGACGACCAACGCAGGAGGAGCUAGAGGAAGCAGUGACGGACGUAAAGAACAAAGAGAGAACCCUAGAAAGCAACCUCCAACGUCUAGAGUUUGCUUGUACAGCACUGCUUCGCUUAAUCUAUACCCAUACAGACUUCGGAGCGCUUAACAACAGCAACGACGAAUUCGCCAAUGAUUACAACAUAUGUCGUUUCAUCCUACAAAAAAAGAAAGGAAUGCCAGGAAUCAUCUCUCGCCAAGAUAGACUCUCUCCGCAACACAAUGACAGGACUACUAAGUCGUAUCGAGGUGCUUUCCAAUCAAGUCAACGCUCCCUGUACGUGCGCACACACCAUGUUACUUUUAACCGAUCAAAUCAAAGACUUGAAAGAUAA